UUAAUAAACACACACUCUGUCAGACACACUCGGCGCUGCGCUGUGCCUUGAAUCUCUUCCCCACACACACACACACACACAGACACACACGGACUCACACACGGACGCGUCCUCCGCGGUGGAGGUGCUGGAGGUAGGGGGGGGUCUAUCGCCGCCUCGUCACGCCGCGUUUCGGGCUCUGGACUCCGGGGAAGAAGCGAAGCAUGCAUCAGGUUGGAUUCUCUCCUCUGAGAUGCCACUGAGCCGUCAGGAUGGUCAGAGAAGGAAACCCUGCCCGCCGCCACGCAACUGACUCCGCCCGCCAUGCCCCGCCUCCCCUCCUGAUUCUCCUCCCAUAAACCCAAAGACAACCCCCCCCCCCCUCCCCCCGCCCCCGCCCGGUCCCUGAAGGCAGCAUGGCCACGCCCUUCCUGUGGAAGCUGUCCUCCCAGAAGCUGGGCUUCUUCCUGGUGAGCUUCGGCUUCAUCUGGGGGAUGAUGCUGCUGCACUUCACCAUCCAGCAAGCGGGCGCCCACGAGAGCAGCGCCGUGCUGCGCCAGCAGAUCCUGGACCUCAGCAAGCGCUACAUCAAGGCGCUGGCCGAGGAGAACCAGGGCGUCAUGGACGGCGUACGUGGGACCAUGACGGCCUACGACUUGAAGAAGACCCUCGCCGUGCUGCUGGAUAACAUCAUGCUCCGGCUGGGGAAGCUGGAGUCCAAGGUGGAGAACAUCUACAACGGAACCGGGGCCAACCUGACCAGCGGCGGCGGUGGCGGUGGCGGCGGCACGGCCGCGCCCAGCGCCGCCAACGCCGAGAAGGUCAACGUGGCAGAUCUCCUGAACGGGGCCCAGGAGAAAUGUGAGCUGCCUCCUCUGGAUGGAUUCCCUCACUGCGAGGGCAAACUGAAGUGGAUGAAGGAGAUGUGGCGCUCAGACUCCUGCUACUCCAGCUACGGCGUGGACGGAUCCACCUCCUUCUUCAUCUACCUGAGCGAGGUGGAGAACUGGUGUCCUCGUCUGCCCUGGAGAACCAAGAUCCUCAAUGAAGAGAUUGACCGGCGAGGCCAGGCGUCCAUCCGGACCAGUUUCGAGGAGCUGUACCGCUCCAUGUCUCAGCGGGAGGAGUUCCGCUGGAUGAUGCUGAGGAUCAAGCGAAUGGCCGAGCCCUGGGUCAGCGCCAUCCGCUCGCUGGCCGCCAAGCAGAACCUGGCCCGGCGGCGGAGGAAGAAGAUCCUGGUUCACCUGGGCCUCCUCACCAAGGAGUCGGGCUUCAAGAUCGCGGAGAACGCCUUCAGCGGCGGCCCGCUGGGCGAGCUGGUGCAGUGGAGCGACCUGAUCACCACGCUGUACCUGCUGGGCCACGACGUUCGAAUCUCAGUUCUGGCCGAGCUCAAGGAGAUCAUGCGUAAAGUGAUGGGGAACAAGUCCAGCUGCCCGACGCAGGGAGACAAGGUGGUGGAGCUGAUCUACAUCGACAUCGUGGGCCUGACGCAGUUCAAGAAGACGCUGGGGCCGUCCUGGGUCCACUACCAUGCAUGCUCUGCAGUGCUGGACUCCUUCGGGACGGAGCCGGAGUUUAACCACGCCCACUACGCCCAGUCCAAAGGCCACAAGACGCCGUGGGGGAAGUGGAACCACCCGCAUCAGUUCAACACCAUGUUCCCUCACACCCCGGAUAACAGCUUCCUGGGCUUCGUGGUGGAGCAGCACCUGAACGCCAGCGACAUCCGGCACAUCGACGACGUCAAGCGGCAGAACCAGUCGCUGGUCUACGGCAAGGUGGACAACUUUUGGAAGGUGAAAAAGAAGUACCUGGACAUCAUCCACAGCUACAUGGAGGUGCAUGGCACCGUGCACGGCACCACCGUGCACCUGCCUGGCUACGUGAAGAACCACGGCAUCCUGAGCGGCCGCGACCUGCAGUUCCUCCUGCGGGAGACCAAGCUGUUCGUGGGUCUCUCCUUCCCCUACGAGGGCCCCGCCCCCCUGGAGGCCAUCGCCAACGGCUGCGCCUUCCUCAACCCCAAGUACCCCCCGAAGAGCAGCAAGAACACCGACUUCUUCAAAGGGAAGCCCACCCUGAGAGAGCUGACCUCCCAGCACCCGUACGCCGAGGUGUACAUCGGCGAGCCCCACGUGUGGACAGUGGACAUCGAGGACCCGGCCGAGGUGGAGCGGGCCAUCCGCUCCAUCCUGAGCCAGAAGAUCGAGCCCUACCUGCCGUACGAGUUCACCUGCGAGGGGAUGCUGCAGCGGGUCAACGCCUUCAUCGAGAACCAGGACUUCUGCCACGGCCAGGUGAUGUGGCCGCCGCUCGGCGCCCUGCAGGUCAAGAUGGCCGACCCGGGGCGCUCCUGCAAGCAGGUGUGUCAGGAGGAGCAGCUCAUCUGCGAGCCGUCCUUCUUCCAGCACCUCAACAAGGACAAGGACCUGGCCAGGUUCGGCGUGGACUGCCAGACGGUGGAGUCGAGCGCCGACACGCUGGUGCCGGCCUACAGCGAGGCGCGGCGCCACUGCGUCUUCCAGGCCGACCUGCUGCUGUUCAGCUGCGCCGGCGCCCACCCGGCGCUGCGCCGCGUCUGCCCCUGCCGCGACUACAUGAAGGGCCAGGUGGCGCUGUGCAAGGACUGCCUAUAGCACACACACACGCGCGCACACACACACACACACACACGCACGCACACACACACUGGACUCCUGUCUCUUCAUAUUUAUUUACAGCCAGAAAGGGGGCGGAGCUUCUGGGAUUGACCAGCAGCGCAGAAAUACUUGAAAAGAGGUGAAAUAUCAGCGGUGUGUGUGUGUGUGUGUUUAGGAGUGUGUUACACUGUAAAAAAAUAAAAUCUGAGCAAGUUUUAAAACUUGUUCUGAGUGAAAAUGUGUCGUUUUACUGGAUUGAAUAAAAGACUUG